AGGUCUAUUUAGGGUUUUCUGAGCGCCACUGGUUAUUCGUCCUUGGAUCUUUUCUAGAGAGAGAGAAACGACGAAGGGCUUUCUCUCACUUAGCUUCAAUGGCGCCAUCAUUUUCAGAUCUUCAUACUGAGGCUGGCCUCAAGAGCCUAAAUGAAUUCCUCUCUGGAAAGGUGUUCAUUACAGGAACUCAAGUGAGUAAAGAUGAUAUCAAGGUUUAUGCGGCAGUUCCAUGUGCUCCCGGUGAUGAGUUCCCUUAUGCAGCUUUCUGGUAUAAAAACAUCUCUGGAGUCUUAAGUGACUGCUUUCCUGGUGAAAGUGUGGGUGUGAGAAUCAGUGGCCCAGCCCCUACAGAUGUUCCUGCUGCUCAGGAUGUCCCAAAGGACUCUCCAAAGGAUGCUGAUGAUGACGAUGAUUUGGAUCUCUUUGGUGAUGAAACCGAGGAGGACAAGAAGGCUGAAGAAGAGCGGGCAGCUGCAAAAUCUUCUUCCCAGAAGAAAGAGAGUGGGAAGUCAUCAAUUCUCUUAGAUGUGAAACCUUGGGAUGAUGAGACCGACAUGAAGAAGCUUGAAGAGGCUGUUCGCAACCUCGAGAUGCCAGGUCUUUUUUGGGGGGCAUCUAAACUGGUUCCUGUUGGUUAUGGAAUAAAGAAGCUCCAGAUCUUGUUGUCCAUCGUGGAUGAUCUGGUCUCUGUCGAUACUCUGAUUGAGGAGCACCUCACAGCUGAGCCGGCCAAUGAAUACAUUCAGAGUUGUGACAUUGUGGCCUUCAACAAGAUAUGAGACCCCAAGUUCGAGUGCUUUUUAGAGCCUGCCUUAAUCCUAGUGCUUUGGUCUCUGCUAUAAUUUUUAUCUUAGGGGGAAGGGUGUUUAAGCCUAUAAUUUUAUUGCCUACUUACUCUCGUUCUGCCAGAAUGAUGCCUUGCCCACAACGAAACAUUUCCGGUCAGAUUAGAAUUGUUAAUCUUUGAGUUUUGAGCCUCCAUUUUACUCUGAUCCAGGGUUUUUUAGAGUAUAUUGCUAUGUUGGGUACUUGAGCCAAAGUUUUAUCGUGUUCAGAGUUAAUUAUUGAAUCAGUUCUAAAUUAAGAGAACAUUUGUGCCCAUCAACAAAUACCUGCUGUUUUUGCUGGACCGAAUGGAUUAAAAGGAGCACUUUACGCACAUCAGGAAUAUUGGAACCUCUGUUAACGUAAGUUUCGUGAUUUAUACAUUACCACAUUUAGGGAGUUUUUAAGUAUUCAAAAAUUUCCAUUCUUUGUGCCUUUGGUUUCUUCUUGUUAAUUGGCAGAACUGUGUUUUAGGGUUUCAUUUGUGUGUAUGUGUGUGUGCACGUGUGCGAAUGUCGGUGCUCCAUAUAAAGCUGUCGAUUUGUGAGAUGAAUUAAACUAGCAUUCUCACUUCCAAGUAGGUGGCCUUUUAUGGCUGGAUGGACCCCUAUUUGGGCAAGCCUUCUUAAACACAAGUGAGUUGUCACCCAAAAGAGCCCUAAACCUUGUUUUUGUUUGGCUCCAGAUGGGCAUGACUAAGAAUGAAACUUCCCUAUUUAGGGUUUGUAACUUUUAUAUACAAUAUUAGUAGUUGACUAUCACUACAUUUUGCUAGCAUCAGUCUACCACAAGAAAGUAGCAGCUGUUCUGAUUAAUGUGCCAUCCCCUUACAGAAUUUUAAAAUUUGUAUGGAUUUAUAUACAGUUAUAGCGAUCGACUUUACUAUAUGUCGGUGGAAUCCCAGCCAUCCAAUGCCAGCACUUAUUCUGGCGACAGAUGCGGUCAAGAACAUAUCCUAUUUGAGGUGGUGUUGACAAACAACAGGAAACUCAUAGCAAUAAGCGCUUGUCCCUGACUUUUAAGUGGUUGUUCUCCAUUCAAGAAUUCAAAGAAAAAUAAGAAAAAUUAUGUCUUGAAAUUCACUACAACCGAUUAUUGUAUAGCUACUUGAGUUAUAUAGUUUUGGAUUGAAAAAAUGAAGUUUUUGCUGAUUUCUAUGCUACUUUUGUGUCUCUCGAAACCGAGAGAGAGAGAAGCAACCUUAUCAAUUGAGUUCUGAGGGUUCUUCUAUUAAUUGAAAGAGGGGGGGAGUUAUCAAUUGUAUUUAGACAUGUAUUUGACUUGUUAACACACUUUUUGAUUCA